UGGUUAAAUGUAGACAUGGACUCGGACACUGAUUCGGAUAGGGGGAAGAGUAGUGAUCCCAAUGAGGGGCUGCUGAGUAGUGAUGACAAGAGUUUUUUUGAAGACGAAGAUGAUAAUGAUGAAGAUUCCUCGGCACCAGAUGAUGAUGAUGAAAUUGGAGACAAAGCGGCAGCUGAGUUGCCUCUAGUGCAGACAACGGAGGCAGCCAACGAAGGCCAUCAAUUGCUGACUGUUUCUAAUGUGAAUAGUGAAGAAGCCAUAGCAAUGCCACAGCAAAUCGAUGUUCAUGCUGAUGCCAGUGAUACCGAGAAAACGAAUGAAACUGGAGCAAAAGAUUUUCGAGUUCCAGAUAAAGAACACGAACUGGCAAAAUCUUUGGCCCAUCAUUGUCUGCUGAGAGAAAGUAAUGAGAAGAAGUCUAGUUCAGAUUCUCCGCCAAUGCGUGAUAGCGUACGUGAAUCGGUUGAAUGCUUCUACUCGGCCCAAGAUCUAUUGGAAUAUGGCCAUAUGUUGUCCACCGUCGAUCAACGUACACCAGAUGUAGAGUCGGGCAUUUUUGAGAAAUCCGAUGCAUCGGAUGCAUCUAGAGAUGAAUGCGAAAGAUUAAUAAUGCCAAUAACCCCAUCGUCUAGUAGCCGUAAUAGUUCGGAAAGUCUGCGCAUUGAAUUGAGCAGAUUUCGUGCUGCAAUCGAGACUAUUGAAAGGGAAACACACUUGCAGUCGCCCCAAAAGCCAACACCAACAGCGAAACGUCGUUGUCAUGUCCCCAGGCUAGAGAUUGAGCUGGAAACUAAAGGGGAAAGUAAGAGCUCCAAGUCCCAGAAGGCGUUCUGGUCAACCGAAGUCUCUUUCGAAGAGAAUAUGCAAUUGUAUAAAGAGAAUGAGCGACUUGGCAAUAUGCAAAGUACGACAAGUUUAGAGGCUCAUCGUGCACUAGAACUACUCGAAGACUAUCAUGCCCGAUUAUCCGAGCCCCAAGAUCGAGCUUUGCGUGUGGCAAUUGAACGAGUUAUACGCAUUUUUAAAUCUCGCUUGUUUCAAGCGCUCUUAGAUAUACAAGAAUUCUAUGAAUUAACAUUAUUGGAUGACUCAAAGAGCAUACAACAAAAGACAGUUGAAACAUUGCAAAUUGCAACUAAAUGGGAAAAAGAUGGACAAUCUGUUAAGAUAGCUGAUUUUAUAGAAACAUCAAAUGUUGUUAAUCGCAAUUGCGUCUAUGAUUUUAACAACGAUGCAAACCAAUGUCAAACUCUUAAUCAAAAUCAAAACAUCCAUUCGGCAGCCGCCCAUGCCGAGGCAUUAAGCAGAACAUUUAAGAAUGAAUUGGAAGAAAUUUUGAAUCAACGAAUGCGUAUUGAGUCGGACAAUGAGAAUGUGACCACAGGAGCAGCAACAGAAACUGGAGCCGGUGGCGAAUAUGCUAAUCCCCAAUCUCAGCAGAAGCAGCAACGCAACUCUCGGUCGCCACAGCAGCAGCAGCAGCAAUCACAAACUGCCAACUCGACAGCUAGAAGCGGGUCUCAGACUAUACACAAGGCUUCAUCGACAAAGAUGAAUGGCGAUGAUAGCUGGUACUAUGAGGAUAUUCAAUUGGAGCGCGGUAACUCUGGCCUGGGCUUCUCCAUAGCUGGCGGCACAGACAAUCCUCAUAUUGGCACUGACACCUCCAUAUAUAUAACAAAACUGAUACCUGGCGGUGCCGCCGCUGCCGAUGGUCGGCUGAGUAUUAACGAUAUCAUUAUAUCAGUCAAUGAGGUAUCUGUGGUGAAUGUGCCACAUGCCUCGGCUGUGGAUGCACUGAAGAAAGCCGGCAAUGCGGUCAAGUUACAUGUGAAACGAAAACGUGGAACAGGUACAGCAGGAGGAACUAGUGGAACUGGCAGCACUCCAGUUGCACCAGCAGCAGCUGAUGUCAGAGAUGGUGGAUCCGGAACAAAGGUCAUUGAAAUCGAUUUGGUUAAAGGUGGCAAAGGAUUGGGAUUCUCGAUAGCCGGUGGCAUUGGUAAUCAGCAUAUACCCGGUGAUAAUGGCAUCUAUGUGACCAAGCUAAUGGAUGGUGGAGCUGCUCAAGUGGAUGGUCGUCUCGCGAUUGGCGAUAAACUGAUAGGAGUACGCACGAAUGGUAGUGAAAAGAAUCUGGAGAACGUUACCCAUGAACUGGCAGUGGCCACUCUGAAAUCGAUAACCGAUAAAGUGACUUUAAUUGUGGGCAAAAUGCAGCAUUUGACCACCAGUGCAUCAUUGCAAUCGGGUGGAGGUGGUGGACAAUUGAAUCAAUCGCAGUCCCAGUUAGCGACAAGUCAGAGCCAAAGUCAAGUGCAGCAGCAAGCCAAUUCUCAGUCAACAGAGCCUGGCUCCAGAUAUGCAUCGACGAAUGUUUUGGCCGCUGUGCCACCAGGCACACCGCGAGCAGUCAGCACCGAGGACAUCACAAGAGAACCCCGCACUAUUACCAUUAAGAAGGGACCACAAGGUCUAGGCUUUAAUAUUGUUGGUGGCGAGGAUGGUCAGGGCAUUUAUGUGUCAUUUAUAUUGGCUGGUGGUCCAGCCGAUUUGGGCUCUGAACUAAAACGUGGCGAUCAGCUGUUGAGUGUUAAUAAUGGCAAUCUAACGCAUGCCACGCAUGAGGAGGCAGCCCAGGCCUUAAAAACAUCUGGUGGCGUGGUCACUUUGGUGGCUCAGUAUAGACCCGAGGAAUACAAUCGAUUUGAAGCACGCAUACAGGAGCUUAAGCAGCAAGCCGCUUUAGGAGCUGGCAGUGGUUCGGGCACAUUGUUACGCACCACACAGAAACGAUCGCUAUAUGUGCGCGCCCUAUUCGACUACGAUCCGAAUCGUGAUGAUGGACUACCAUCGCGAGGUCUGCCCUUCAAGCAUGGCGAUAUAUUGCAUGUGACCAAUGCCUCGGAUGAUGAAUGGUGGCAAGCGCGACGUGUUCUCGGUGACAAUGAAGAUGAACAGAUUGGUAUUGUGCCAUCAAAGAGGCGUUGGGAGCGCAAAAUGCGGGCACGUGAUCGCAGUGUCAAGUUCCAGGGUCAUGCGGCGCCAAACAAUAAUAUGGAUAAGCAAUCGACAUUGGAUCGUAAGAAAAAGAAUUUCACAUUUUCACGUAAAUUUCCAUUUAUGAAGAGUCGCGAUGAAAAGAAUGAAGAUGGCAGCGAUCAAGAGCUCAAUGGAGUUAUAAGCAGCACCAGCGAAAUUGACAUUAAUAAUGUUAACAACAAUCAGGCGUCAACUGAACCGCAACCUUUUAUGCUUUGCUACACACAAGACGAUGCCAAUGCUGAAGGAGGCGAAAUUAUCUACAGAGUGGAAUUACCCGAUAUGGAGCAGAUAACUCUUAUCUACUUGGAGAAUAACGAUGCUGACUAUCCUUCCGAGGAAAACGUUCUAUCCUAUGAGGCAGUGCAACGUUUGUCCAUCAAUUAUACACGUCCCGUCAUAAUAUUGGGACCACUGAAGGAUCGCAUUAACGAUGAUUUGAUAUCCGAGUAUCCAGAUAAAUUUGGAUCCUGUGUGCCACACACCACACGUCCAAAACGUGAGUACGAGGUGGAUGGCCGUGACUAUCAUUUUGUGUCUUCGCGCGAGCAGAUGGAACGUGAUAUACAGAAUCAUCUGUUCAUUGAAGCUGGCCAAUACAAUGAUAACCUGUAUGGCACUUCUGUGGCCAGUGUGCGUGAGGUGGCCGAAAAGGGCAAACAUUGCAUAUUGGAUGUGUCUGGCAAUGCCAUCAAACGGCUGCAAGUGGCACAGCUUUAUCCAGUGGCGGUCUUUAUUAAACCCAAAUCUGUUGAUUCGGUGAUGGAAAUGAAUCGUCGCAUGACUGAGGAGCAGGCUAAGAAAACCUACGAGCGCGCCAUUAAGAUGGAACAAGAGUUUGGCGAAUACUUUACUGGCGUUGUUCAAGGCGAUACAAUUGAGGAAAUCUAUAGCAAAGUCAAGUCAAUGAUUUGGUCACAAUCGGGACCAACUAUUUGGGUACCAUCGAAGGAAUCUCUAUGA